ACGCGUUCCAAGAGAGUUGUUAUCUCCAGCUCUGCCUUCGCCUGGGUCCUCUUUUGUGGCGCCGCUCGUAAAAGACAAACAGACCCAAGUCUCUGCCCUGAGUUUUGUGCCAGAGUUUGAGUCUGAGUCUGUGUGCCAAAGUCUCUGCCAGUUAUGUGUAGACCAAGUUAUGGCACAUUGCUGCUUAUCGCGGCAUCCUGUUACGUCCUCGUCUCCAGCCAGGCCAAAGCCUUGCAGGGCACAAACAAACUGGAUUUGGCAAAUCACAUCAGCGUAGGCCCUGCCAGAGGAUCAUCGGCAGGAGGAGCCGCCUCAGCCGCUGGGGCGGUGCGAGCUGCCAUGACGGAAGCGCGCCAUAAGCGGGCCAUGGGCGAGUACAAAGAGCUGACUGACAUCAUUGACGAGCUGGAGGAGAACAGUUUGUCGCAAAAGGCUGCGGCCGUGGCUCCGUUGCCGCCGCAGGCUCAGGAAUUCGACCUGGAUAGCAUGCCGCCAUUGACCUACUACCUGCUGUUGCAGAAGCUGCGACAGUUGCAAAGCAAUGGCGAGCCCGCUUUUCGCGUGCGCACGCCACGCCUUGGACGUAGCAUUGACUUCCAGCAACUACUGGACGCCGGCGGGGCCAGCGAGGAGGCGGCUGGCGGCCAGUUCAUGUCGCGCAUGAUGAAGAAAUCGGUGCCGUUCAAGCCGCGCCUGGGCAAACGUGCUCAAGUAUGCGGCAGUGGCGGCGAUUGAGUCACGACAAGGACACAAGGACACAGAGCAGCACGGAAACGAGGAAACGAGGACGAUACCCAGGACAAGGUUGAGGCCACGCGCCCGGCCCCAUAAGCUAACUUAACCCACAUCAUAGCCAGCCGAAUUCGACGCAACGCGACGCAUACACAGCGCCAAUAGCACACAUAUGCAUAAUAAAUAGAAACUACACAUAGCCAUGUUCUAAGAGAAACAACUAAUGAUGUACAUAUAAUAUACAUAUAAAAUAUUUGCAUACUAGAGUGGGCUGAAAAUCCAAACAUUUUUUAAUUUUAAGACGG